AUGUCGCAUAUUAAACUAUAUAAUUCUAUAUUAAUAUUUUUGUGCAUUACGUCGAACAUAUUUUCAGUUUUAUCGGAAUUAUCAGAAUUAUCAAAACUAGAGGAUGCUGUGUAUUUUGAAUUACGUUGUUGUAUAUUUACAGUUAUUGAUCAUUUGUCAUAUAGUAUUAAACUGCAGCGUGAUAUGGAUUUAAUUCUGUAUGGAUAUUUGGUUCCGUCAGCAGCUACAGAAACAAAAACAGAUAUGUACAUGAGUGUAUUUUAUAUUUAUACGAACUGUUCGUUUGCUGAAUGGCUUCAGAAUAAACUAUUUAAAUUUAUCGAAAAAUUCCCAAUAUUUUAUCAAACGAAAUUUCAAAACACUAAUAAUAAUGAAUUUAAUAAACCUUUUGUAAGACCAAAUCAAAUUGAUAAAUUAAUUGAAAUCGACUCUUUUGUUAAACGCUCCAUAAAUAUUUUACUGCCCAAUUUUGUACAUCUCACUGAUCCCAGAGAUUAUGAUACGUCGUUAUUAAAAACGAUGUUAUUACUACAUUUAAAAAUUCAUUUUUUGACGCUUCCUUCAGAUACCAAACAACCGCCAUCAGAUGAUGUAGUAGUUCGUUCAAUUCUUAAAAUAAUGAACUUAAUUCAAACUUUCAUGGCCACGAAUUGUGAUGUUCACACUUAUAAUAAAAAAUAUUUUAACGAUGAUACAUAUUUUAUUAAAUCAUCACAUUUCUUCGAUUUCUGGAUAACAAAAUCAGCUGACAAAAAUGUCGUCAUUGAAAAGGUUUUAAAAAUUAUAGACGAACUGGGUUUAGAAGAUAGUAACAAAUAUUGUAAUACAGACCAAAUGUUGUUGAUAAAUGUUAUCGCCGAGAACCCGGAUCAUCCUGUUUUAUGGGAGAUUUCUCACGCAGAAGUUUAUACAAAUUCUAAAACAAUUAAGAUUUACCAACUAAUACAAAAAAUUGAAAAACGUGAGUGUGACCUUGAACUAAUAUUUUGGUAUCAGGAAUCAAUUUUUUAUGCAAUUGUGAAAUUAACAUACAAUAAGAUAAUAACGGCUUUGCAACAAGGAACUCUUCUCAAGCCAGAAGACAUUGUUAAGUCAAUACCAAAAUUCAUAGAAUUGCCGACAGAUGUCACUGAUUAUUUUACGAGUGGAAUAUAUGAUACCGAUGUAAAGAAUGAACAGAUUAAUAAUGAUAAUAUUAAAGAAAAAUUGAUUAAAAAGAUUACUGAUCUUCGUGACUCGAUUACCAAUAUAAUUUUAGAAACUUAUAAUACAACUGAAAAUCAAGACGUAUCUAAUUUAGAUGAAUUUACAACAUAUAUGAAUUCAAACAGUGAAAAGUUUUACUGUUACAUUUCGGUGUGUAAAUUCUUACGCAAAGAAUUCACUAAAUAUUACAUACCAUUCAUAAGAGAUGUGCCAAAAGUUGAACACAUUGUGUACGAGGAUGUUAAAAUCGAUGAAAUCGUUCAAUCCGAUGUGGAUGAUAAACUAACGGAUAGUAGCAGGUGUCAAUAUGUAAGAGAUUUGUACAGUCUCUGUCUCGAAGCAACCACAUUUUUAAAAAUGGCUUUCGGCAAAGAAGAUGCUGUGAGGAACGAAUACGCCAAGCAAGCAAGUAUAAUUUUGACAACGAUUAGAAAACGGUCCAUUGAUGUGAUUGAACGGUGUACGUACAAAGACUGUAGGGACCUUUUAAAAGUGUCAUACCAUAUUUAUGUUGUCUUGAAUCCAAAACACACAGAUCAUUUAAAAUCUAGUCAAGCGCCGAUGUUCAUGUCAUUGAUAAUGUCUAUUUUAAAUAGUUAUGGUAUUGAUCACUGUAGUCCACCAAAGUUCAAUUUCUUGUUAUUGAAUAGUACAUAUCUCGAGGCUAUAGGCAAUGAUGAUGUACUUAAUAAACGUUUAAAUUCAUUUGUGCAAAGCCUUGAGAUUUACCGAAACAUACCGAUGGUUGCAAACUACUCAACUUUUUUAAAUAUUGACAAUUUUUAUAAAACAUAUCUUGAAGAAACGGCUUUGUUCACUAAAUACAAACACAAGUUCAGUUUUUUUUACAAAGGUGAAAGGAAGUAUAUUGAUGAAAUUUACAAGAACAUAACUGCAAUUAAUUUGGACCCUUCGCAUGUGUUCAAAUUGUAUGAUAUAUAUUUCAAAUUUGUUCUUGUGUCGGUAUUUUACAAAGUUUGUGUCUUCGCUCAUUAUUCAGUCAUUCCAAAUCAUCCCAAAAAGAAUCUAUUGCGGUUUGAUGAUUGUGAUGACUUUCACCAUCAAUAUAAGAUGUUACUUAAUAUUGAAAAUUUUCCCUCAAAUUUAUCGUUACUUGUAUCUAUUGUUGAUCAAUUUUCUUCAAUAGUAUAUGAUCUAUGUUAUCAAAGAGCAGAGAUAACCAAAAAUUACCUCCAAAAAAAUAAAUCUAAAGGAGAAAUACCACAUUUUAAAGUGUUUGGCAGAGAAUGCGAUUCAGAUAAUCUGUAUUUAAAAGUAGGCAAAGUAAAAGAACAUACAGAAAAGCAAUUUGAAAAAUUUGGUAUAUUCAUAACAAAAAUAAUAGAAGAAAUUCAAGAAACGCCUGAAAAGCCGAAAACCAUAACUGAAAAAUUAAAAGCUAUUAGGAAACCAAUAAAAACACAAUUGUUAGAAAAAGUUUUCGAAGAUAUGACAGUGGAUACUUGCGAAUUAGUCAAGGCUGCAAACAAAAUGCUCACAAAACUCAUAAUCAAUGUUUAA